CAGAGAUUUAAAUGACUAAUUGCUCUCUUCUUUAUUUUUGCUAGAUAGCUUCAUCUCUGCUUUUCUUUUUCCAAUUAAUUAGAAGGGACAAUAAUAAAAGUAUAAAAUUAUAUCACCAUCGCUCAAAUUUGCUGCUAAUCCAAUGAAAUCGAUCUAAGCCAGCUACAUUGCAUGAAUAUUUGAUAGCCGUCUUCCCCUGCCGGUGAGAAACAGCAGCGACGCCGUAGUUGGGGAGGUGGGCAUGAAGGCCAAUGUCUCCCCACCGGACGAGGAAGACCAGACAAAGGCGGCCGUUUUAGGGUACCCUCCCAAACAGCCCUUUAAUCCUCCUCCUCCUCAUCAAUAUCCCGCCGUCAAUUACCCUCUCCACGCCUAUGGGCCACCGCAGGCGUAUCCCGGCGGCCACCAUGGAAUAUAUUCUUCUAACCAAUACCACCCUUCCUCAACGCCAGGCUACUACAACCCGCCUUCACAUUCCGGUUACAAUUACAACUCUGCCCACUUGCGACCACAGCCGCCGCCGCACAGCGCGCUGGAAUACGAAACCCGCCGGAGCUUCGCCUUUGCUCGGGUGAUCCUCUGCCUCAUGGUUUUCCUGAUCCUCAUGACCUCCAUCAUGAGCCUACUAACGUACAUCGUCUUCGGCUCCGACAUCCCGAUCUUCCAGGUCGCCUCCUUCUCCGUGCCGUCGUUCAACAUAACCGGUGCCGGGAGCUCCCUCAAUGCGACGUUCGAAGGAAGCGUCACGGCUGAGAACCCGAACCACAAACUCGACAUCACGUUCCAGCACGUGGAAGUCGGGGUGGGUUACCACCAAUUGGUGCUAAUUGCGAAGAAGCAGAUUCCCCCUUUCGAGCUGAAGAAGGAUGGGAGGCUAGUGCUGACGGCCGCCCCGCUUUCAACUCCGGCGACAGGAUACGGCAACGCGGCGGAGAUUUGGUUGAAAGAUAUGAAAAGCGAAUAUGAUGGUAACCGGACCGUUACGUUCGAUAUGGUGUUGACGGUGGUGGCCACGUUCAAAUCGGGCUCAGCUUGGAGCCGGAAGACGAUGUUCAAGGUUGUUUGUGAGGGGUUGAAGACGGAAUUUAAGGAUCCCGGCGGUGCCGGAGUUUGGGAUGGUGUUAGACAAGGGUGUAUGGUUUUCGGUUGAUCUAUCUAGCUAAUUAAUCUGAUCAACCCGGUCUUUUUUUUUGAAAACUUAAUUAAUUAAUUUUAUGUGCUUAGAGUCUUUUUUAGAUACGUAGUAUGAUAUACAGAGCAUUAUUAUGUACAGAUAGUGUAUAUACAGUGUUGGUUUAUAUUCAAUUUAUCAUAAUUAAC